UCAAUACUUCCUUCGUGCUCUUCGUACUGCUCAUUGCUGCUGUCAGAACGCACAUCGACCAUGUCCACCCUUCAAUCCACUCCAUCAAAGACGGCUGCUGCUGGCAUUGAGAGCCUCAAGAUGGCCGACUCACCUGUGAAGAAGCUCGACUUUGCUCCUGCCGACAAAGAGAACGCGGAGGUUGCUGUCCCGGUGAAGGGUAUUCCUGAGUGGGAGCCUCCCAAGGAGGAGACGAGUCUAUCGGUCGCUGCCACGAUUAAACCCGAGGAGGCAUAUGAGCCUCUCCUACAAGAGAACCCUCAGCGAUUCGUCCUGUUCCCCAUCAAAUAUCAUGAGAUCUGGCAAAUGUACAAGAAGGCCGAAGCAUCGUUCUGGACGGCGGAAGAGAUCGACCUGUCGAAAGACCUACACGACUGGAACAAGAAACUCAACGACGACGAGCGAUUCUUCAUCUCACACGUCCUCGCCUUCUUCGCCGCGUCCGACGGCAUCGUCAACGAGAACCUGGUCGAGCGCUUCAGCGGCGAGGUGCAGGUCCCCGAAGCGCGAUGCUUCUACGGGUUCCAGAUCAUGAUGGAGAACAUCCACUCCGAGACCUACUCGCUGCUCAUCGACACCUACAUCAGUGAGCCGAAGCAACGGACCUACCUCUUUAACGCCAUCGACACCAUCCCCUGCAUCCGCAAAAAGGCCGACUGGGCCCUCCGCUGGAUCUCCGACAAGAACAGCACCUUCGCCUCCCGCCUCGUCGCCUUCGCCGCCGUCGAAGGCAUCUUCUUCAGCGGCUCCUUCGCCUCCAUCUUCUGGCUCAAGAAGCGCGGCCUGAUGCCGGGCCUCACCUUCAGCAACGAGCUGAUCUCCCGCGACGAGGGCAUGCACACCGACUUCGCGUGCCUCCUCUUCCAACACAUCCGCAACAAGCCCUCCGACGAGUCCGUCCGCCGCAUCAUCACCGAAGCGGUCACCAUCGAGCAGGAGUUCCUCACCGAGGCCCUCCCCGUCCGCCUGCUCGGCAUGAACUCCGACCUCAUGUGCCAGUACAUCGAGUUCGUCGCUGACCGCCUGCUCCUCGCCCUCGGCCUGCCCCGCCACUACAACUCCGCUAACCCCUUCGACUUCAUGGAGAACAUCUCCCUCGCCGGCAAGACCAACUUCUUCGAGAAGCGCGUCGGCGACUACCAGAAAGCUGGCGUCAUGGAGAGCACGAAGCGCCACGAGAAGCCCGUCGACGGCAUCGCUCCCGCGCCCUCCGCCACCAUGAAGGGCGACUUCGCCUUCGACGAAGAUUUCUAGGCGCAUCCUCUCUGCCAGGAGGCCGGCGUCAUUCCUUUUGUUCACCAUGCGACGAAACAUAAUUCCCCUCACAUUUUAUCUGUUUCUUACCCCUGUCGACCCGAGCGGUCGAGGCGGGCGGAAGCGAGUUACGUAGAUCAUGCAGUUCAUUCAUCACGGGGAUCCACGGGCUGCAAGCGGUGUUUGGAUAGCAUUCUUGUUUGAUGGCGUUCGGGUGGAAUAGGGAUGGGGUGGGGAUGGACUUAUGUAUAUCGCUGUGUAUUGUCAUACAUGGAAAAAAAAUUAAAAUCAAACUACAAAUUAUAGAAUGUGCUCGGAGUGUGAUGUCACGCUGUUAACAUAGACAUUGAAAAUACUGGUGAUGGUUGUAACGAGUUUGACGACCUGCACGCCAUCGAUGCGGACCUGUCGUCUCAUGUGCGGAAUCUAGAAUCAAUGUCAAGGCCUCCCCUGCCUGUCCUCGUUCAAGCAUGCCAUAUCGCCC